AUGCUGUGGGCGGCUUUUUGUCUAGCAUUCUUUGCCUUCCUCCGUGCAGGAGAGUUUACCUGUCCCUCUUGGGCUAGCUUUGAUGAGUCGGGUAUGCUUGCAGUGGGGGACGUGGCGGUGGAUUCUCACAGCAACCCAUCCUACCUAUCUGUUCGGCUCAAGAGAAGUAAGGGCGACCCAUUCGCUCUUGGGAUUACCUUAUAUGUUGGUCGUUCCUUUGGAAAGUUGUGUGCCGUGUCUGCAGUGCUCGCUUACCUGGCAGUUCGUCCUCGUACUCCUGGCCCAUUCUUUAUUUUUCAGGAUGGUAAUGUGUUGUCUAGGCAUCGCCUGGUGUCUGAGCUUUCUACUGCAUUGAGGUCAAUUGGCCUGGACCCCUCCCAUUAUAAGGGGCACAGCUUUAGGAUAGGUGCAGCUUCUGCGGCAGCUAGGGCUGGCCUUAACGACUUGUUAAUUCAAACCCUAGGUCGGUGGAAAUCUGCCGCUUUUCAGUCAUACAUCAGGACUUCAAGAGAGCAGAUUUGCAGCGUGGCCCCUCGUCUUCUCAUCUAA